GCGGAUGUUGCGUCAACUGCCAAGUCCCUUAGAAGAGCCUGAAAAUGGCCGACCACCUCGAAGGACUUUAAUCUACUGUUGCAUUAAUAUCUGGUCGAGUCCCACACCAUGAACCGUGUUUCUCACAGCGAGUUCCUCCUGGAGAAGCUGAGAAAGCAGAGAGAAAGAGGGUUCCUCUGCGACUGCACGGUGGCAAUAGGGCAAGCUCGGUAUGAAGCUCACCAUAAUGUGCUGGCUGCCUUUAGUGAGUAUUUCUCUACGCAAUGUAUAGAUGCUGGAAGAGAAGAUGCCACCAUAACACUGGAUCCAGACUGGGUGGAUGGCACCGUGUUUGAGAAGUUGCUGGAUUACAUGUAUACAGGGAACUUGACCAUGGACGGGGAUGAGGCUCCAGGCAUUCAAAAAGCAGCGACUUACCUUGGGAUUCAAGAGGUGGUGGCUAUCUGUACUCAACCUCAGAAGAACGUCAAAGACAGCCCUGCUAAUGCGAGAAGCACAGAAGACAUGGAUCCACGAUCCCCACUGAGCCCGGAUGACUAUGAGCCGCUGGAGCCGAUUGAGGAGGUGGAGGAAAGAGAGAGGCUGAGAAAGGAAGGAGAAAAAAACGGCGGGGAGCAGGAAGCAGCAGCUUCAGCUGAUGAGUCCCAGUCGUCUGGCGAGCAACCCGGACAGAGCACGGAGAAGAGGAAUAGGAAGCCCAAAACUCGUCUUUAUGAGGACGAGACAGAGAAAGAAAGCCCUAUUUCGCCAAGGGGAAGAGGGCGAGGAAGAGGCAGGCCCAGAGGUCGGCCUCGGGUGAGGCCCUUAUCUUGUGAUAGAACUGAUUUUGCAGCAACUAAGGAAAGUUCAGCUACGCAGAGCAGCGUAGUAAAGAGAGGAACUGGAAGACCAAGAGGCCGUCCACGGAUAAGGCCAUUGCCAUCUGAAACAGCAGACUCUACUAGCACUGAAGAAAGCACUACAGUAGCAAACAAUAAUGAGAUGGAAGGCACUGAAUGUGAAGGACCCCAAACCACGUCUGAACCACCCACCGAGUCUGUCAACCCAGAUGGAGAGACAGAGGAGGUAAACACAAAAGAAGGAGGAGAGGCUGUAGAGAAAGAUGAAGAUAGGACAAAGUCAGAAGUAGACAACACUGAAGAAGUUGUCGUUGUUAAACGAGGGCGAGGUCGACCGCGAACCAAGCCGCUGCCUUCCGAGGCGCCAGAUGCGACCAACGCUGAGGAGGUUUCUACACCGAUUAAAGAAAAGGAAGGAGCUGUGCGUAAGAGAGGUAGACCGCGGGUUAGGCCUCUGCCAUCCGAAAUGUCUCUGACCCCAGAAGAAGGUGCAGAGCAGGAAAAUUCCCAAGAGGAAGAGGGUGAUGAAGAGAGAGACAAGGCAAAUACAGCCCAUUCUGAUGCCCUGGAUGAUGAAAAUAACAUGGAUGAUGAGGGUGAGACUUCUUCGGAUGUGAGUCCGGCCAAGAAGGUUCGGACGAGUAAUCGGAAGAGAAGCCUGAGCAGAAAGCUGAGGGAGAGCCAAGCCAGCAACGAAGAAAAUGAUGAGGAAUGCGAGGAAGAGGGUGCUGAUGAAUGGGCCGAGGAAGAGGAUGCCAAGCCUGGGCAAAGUAAGCUCCGGCCUAUCUGCAACAUCUGUGGGAACCUGUUCUCAGAGAUGAGCAGUCUGCGCAGACACAUGCGCAUUCACAAGGGGAUCAAACCUUAUCAGUGCCCGCUCUGUUCACGCUGCUUCAGGCAAGGAAACCAGCUCAAGACACAUAUGCGAAUUCACACAGGAGAGAAGCCAUUCAACUGCAACCACUGUGAUGCACGCUUUGCCCAGAAAUGCCAGUUAGUCUAUCACUGCCGAAUGCAUCACGGAGAAGAGAAGCCGCACAAGUGUGACGUCUGCCCUGCUGCUUUUGCCACGUCCAGCAACCUUAAAAUCCAUAUGAGGACGCACAGUGGGGAAAAGCCUUAUGAAUGUAGUGAGUGUGGCAAGCGUUUCACCCAGGCCAGCACUUUGAUGUACCACAAGCGCCGACACACAGGGGAGAAGCCAUACAUCUGCGACACGUGUGGCAUGUCCUUUGCUGUUUCCAGCUCACUGAUCUCACACUCCAGGAAACACACAGGCGUAACCCCUUAUAUCUGCUUGGACUGUGGGAAACCCUGCUUAACAUCUGGGGAACUUAGGAAGCAUAUGGACAUCCAUAAUGGCUCGAGGAGAGUGAUCUGCAAUAUAUGUGGAAAUACUCUCUCAGACAUUUAUAGCCUGAAGAAGCACAGAGCUUUAAAACAUAAUGCUCCUCCAGAGCAAGACGGUGAGCCACCGAAAAGUGAACCGAUCCAGAGUCCGAUCAACAUCCCAAUUGACCACCAAGGCCUGAUAGCCCGAGUGCGUUCUGUUCUAGCCGAAUCCCCGGAACCGAGUUUUCCAGCAGAUUCGGCACUGGCCACGAUGCCCUCAGAGACCUCGAUGAUCAUGCAUCAGACGGAGAGCCCAAUGAUCAUCCAGCAUUCAGAUGCUACAGGAUCACCAAUGAUCAUCCAACAUUCAGAUGUUUCGGAGGCACCAAUGAUCUUCCAACACGCUGAAGCUGCAGGAGCACAAAUGAUCUCGGGAUCGCCGAUGAUCAUUCAACAUGGAGACUCUUCAGAGGCCUCAGUGAUUAUUCAGCAUGCAGAAUCUGCAGAGACACCAAUGAUCAUUCAGCACGGAGAAUCGGGUGAGACCCCAAUGAUCAUCCAGCAUUCGGAGGCCUCAGGACAGCCAAUGAUCAUCCAGCAUUCGGAGGCCUCAGGACAGCCAAUGAUCAUCCAGCAUUCGGAGGCCUCAGGACAGCCAAUGAUCAUCCAACAUUCGGAGGCCUCGGGACAGCCAGUGAUCAUCCAACAUUCGGAGGGCUCAGGAUCCCCAAUGAUCAUCCAACAUGACGAAUCCUCCGAAACCCCAAUGCUUAUCCAGCAUGGAUCAGGCUCGGAGCAAGUGAGAUAUGUUGUACAGCAGUAUGAAAUUCCUGGGUCCUCUGAGAUGGAGCAUGCCCAGAUUGUCAUUGUUCAGACUAUUGAUUAAAGCGGCAUCUCAUACCUCCGUAUGAAACAUCUCUUUUGGGGAAAAACAUCUGGUCUUUAUGGCUUAAGUUUCCUGUUGCUAUGUACAGUAGUUUAGGGGCAACACAAUAUCAACUGCCCCCCCCCCGCCCCCUACAGUCUUCAGUGUACUACAAUGUGAGGAAGUCAUUUUAUGUAUUUUUUUUUUUAUUGAAGCUUUUCAAUACUGAAAAAGUAAGAUUCCAGAAGAUAUUCCCAAUCAUACAUACGAUGGUGUCAUACACAGUGUGGUUUUAUAUUGUAUGAUUUUCAACAGUGUAAAGGCAUCUGUUAGCUGCAAAAAGAAGGGAUGCUUAAGUUAAUAUUAAGCUGUUUAAUAAUGUCCUGCAACCUGCUAUUGACUCAUUACUACUUCGUAUAAUUAGAGUUUUGUUCUGUUUUGAGAUGGAUAAACAUGACAAAAUAUCA